AUGGCGGACGUCGUCACCAAAGUCGAAGUUCCGGGACUGAAGAAGACGGCGAGUGGGAAAGUGCGCGAGAUUUUCGAGAUUGAUGAGAAGACGCUGCUUUUUGUUGCGACGGAUCGGAUCUCGGCUUAUGAUGUUGUGCUGGAGAAUGGUAUUCCCUCCAAAGGCGCCAUCCUAACCCAACUCUCCGCCUUCUGGUUCACCCUCAUCGCCACGCACCUCCCAAACCUUAAAACCCACCUCCUCAGCACAACCCUCCCCGCCUCCCUCCCCCAAACCCUCACACCGCGGAGCAUGCUCGUCCGCCGCAUCCCCGUCAUCCCCCUCGAGUCCAUCGUCCGCGGCUACAUCACCGGGUCGGCGUGGGCGGAGUGCAAGAAGCACGGCACCGUGCAUGGCAUGCGCAUGCCGGAGGGGUUGAGGGAGAGUGAGAGGCUGGAGAAGCCGAUUUGGACGCCGAGCACGAAGGCGGAGCAGGGGGAGCAUGAUGAGAAUAUUUCGAGGGCGAGGGCCGUGGAGUUGGUCGGGGAGGGGGUGGCGGGGAAGGUGGAGGAGGCGAGUUUGAGGAUCUAUGAGAUUGCGAGAGACUACGCCGAAGAACGCGGGAUCAUCAUCGCCGACACCAAGUUCGAGUUUGGCUGGGACGAAGCUGCCCAGGAGGUCGUGCUCAUCGACGAGGUGCUCACGCCGGAUAGCUCGCGGUUCUGGCCGAAGGAGAAGUAUGAGGUCGGCAAGUCGCAGCGCAGCUACGACAAGCAAUACCUCCGCGACUGGCUUACGAGUUCCGGGCUGAAGGGUAAGGACGGUGUCAAGAUGCCGGAGGAGGUCGUGCAGGAGACGGCGAGCAAGUAUCGGGAGGCGUAUGAGAUGUUGACAGGGAAGAAGUGGGCUUGA